AUGGCGAUGCCUUUGCCCGAUUCGCGUUGUGCGGUACUGCAGGACGACAAGGAGGCCCUUGCGCAAAUUCAGCAGAUGGUCAGGUUCAUCUUGAACGAGGCCAAGGAUAAAGCGCAAGAACUAGAGGCACGAGCAUUGGAGGACUUUAACAUUGAAAAGCUGAAGCUUGUUCAGCAGAUGAAAGAUAAGAUCCGUCAUGAGUUCGCCAAAAAAGCAAAGAAACUUGAGGUUCAGCGAUCCAUCGAUCGCUCAACAGCAAUAAAUAAAGCCCGCCUCCGCCGCAUUGCUGCUCAGGAGCAAGUAGUCUCCGAGGUGUACGCCCAGUCUCAGAAGCAGUUGGCGGCCAUCAGCUCGGACACUGCGAAAUACAAGGAACUCAUCAUGAAUUUGAUAGUGCAGGGACUGCUGCGUCUUUUGGAGCCCGAGGUAAUCAUCAGGUGUCGCGAAGUAGACCGUUCCCUUGUGGAAAGCGUUUUGUCUGCUGCCGCUUCAAAGUACAGCAAGAUUCUCAGCAGUGAAGCAGGACUUAACAAGACCGUCAAGUUGUCUGUUGAUAAGACGGGACGGUACUUGCCUCCCCCUCCCAGUGCAGACUCUAGCCUGCCUUCCUGGUAA